AUGCUGGAUUUGUUGCGGAUCAUGUGUCAACAGCACAACAUGGGACGAACGGUACACCAGAUCGCACAGUUUGUUGAACAAGUAGAUAAAGCUAUAAAGCCUCAAGAAGUUGGUUUUGAUGUGUCAAGCAAUGCCGAGUAUGUUUUAUCGCAAGUGGAUGCAACCGAACUCAUGUUAAUAGGAAACUCAGCAGCUGAAAUGUCGAGAAUCAGUGGCAACCGUUCGCGGAAUACGAAUCAACCGAUACUUCAAUUCUUCCAUCCAUGGGGACUGCAGGUAGCGAAUGAAGUUCGAGAUCCGCGGGAAGCUGAAUGGCGAGGACUUCUAUCGGAAAUUGGUCCUAUCGUUGAAAGAGCAAUGAGAAUUGUUCGAUGUAUGCAUACCGCACCCGGUAAUAUUGUGGAGGGACCAUUGACGUGGCGAGCGUUAACUAAUAAAAGCCUCCCGAAGUCAUCUGCUCCAUCUCACGAUGACGAUAUCAGCUUACCAGAGCCCAUUCCAUACAUCAAUGUUGCUGCUGAGAAGGAUGCGAUAAGAGCUGCUCCACAUGUGGUACGACACUGGGAACACCUUUCCCUUGGCCCGAUAGAUCAACCAAAGGAUGUGCUUUAUCUUGCUGUUGUUCCAGACAAUGCCGACAUUUCUAGCUUGGCAGUGAAAUACAUGGAGCAGUUGAGCCAGAUGUAUGAGCGAAUGCGAUUGGGUCGUCAUAUCGCCAUGCCAACAGGAGUUGAUAGCCGAGACGGUUGUGUGCGUGUUGGUAGCCGAACUCAAACCGGUAAAUAUCCGACAGAAACCACAACACUCGACUUUUUGAACCUUGUGGGUAGAUAUGUGGAUAACAAGGCGUUCAUGACGAAGCUCAGGGCAAUUCAGCUCUUCACGCAACAAAUGGAGGAGAGCGUCCACCAGUUACUAUCGGAACGGGAUGAUAUCUUCGAAAGAGCAACAUAUCGAGAGACAUUGGCUCUAGACUGGCGGGCUAAAAGGGCUGCUGCAGCCGCAGUGGCGCUAGCUGUUGAACAACGAGCGGCUGAGAAUUCGGCUGAGCAGGGCGCUUCAGUUGCAGCGCCUGAGCCACCACCUGCAGAACCUCCUCUUGAACCGGAAGACAUCCCAGUUGACGAGCCGGGUACCUUACCUCACGUCGUGGUGAUCUACGUGUUCAACCCAUUCACAUGGGGAACGGAAUUCCGAAGCGCCUUGUUCACUCGUGUAGCAACAUUGGCAGUAAUGCGAGCGUUCAACACUGUCUGUCUGAGGCUUCCCGCAAACAGGCGUCCACAAUUGCAGUUGGAAAUCGUACCAAUGGAGCAGGUGGCUGAUCUACUCGGAUGUCUGCCAGAUUACACCAAUGAUAAUGGAGCAUCACAGUCGAUGUUCGAGAAUAGCGGUGGCAGUGAACGUGAACAAGUGGAGUGUGUGGCCGUCGAAUCAUUGAGGAACACUGUUCUCUCUGUCUACACCCAACCGAGGGUUCUAACAGCUGACUGCAUCAAGAGUGUUCAAGCGAGGUGUAUGACGAAAUUCGGACCUGGAAGCAGUCUUCUUGACUCGCUCGAUGAUUGGGAGAGAAGUGGCUCAACAGUGUUCUAUAAAGUUCCCUCGAAUGCCUACCAUUUGGCUCCUCCCCCACUUCUUUAUCAGAAACAUGAAAAUGGCCGGAUUAUACAGUCAUCUCCUGACGAGCAGGUGCUUUACGUAACCUACUGUGUUACUGGUUCUGAUUGGCUAUGCGUUGCUGUUACGGAUUCGUUGGGUCGACUCAAUGACAACUGCUUAAUAAAUUUGCGUACUAGGCAUGAUCAUCAGUACGUUUUUGUCUUUUGUAGUUCUUUAGCUGGCUUACUGUUCGAAACCGCACUAAAGUUCUACUAUACGUUCAGCAUCUAUAAAUAUCGCCAACAAACUCAAAUACUGGACGCAAUGGGACGAUUGUGGACGUACAUACUCGGCGUACUUUCGAUGGAAACCCGUAACUGGAGGCUUGUCAUUGGUAGGCUGGGACGUAUUGGUCAUGGAGAAUUCAAAGCGUGGACCUAUCUUCUGAACAAAACGGCUCUUAAGCGUCACUCAGCUCGACUCAAGGAAGUAUGUACCGCCUGUGCUCAAAUGCCUGGUUGCACUGGAACACCUAGUAUCCUGUCGGCUUGCCUUGUUUCCAUGGAACCUGAACCGUAUCUACGCAUGUUCCCUGGUUUUACUUUGAAUGACGCUUACAGCAAAAAAGCUCGGCCGGCGGUACCAGAUGAUACGAACGUUACGCAUAUUAUGGUUUUCCCGACCAGUGCAGAUAUUCAGUUAGGUUCUGCCGAUCAACAUGCUGUUGGAGAAGAUGACUGGGAUUUCUCUGACAUGGAUAUUCCACAGGAUGGAAACGAUCUCGGAGAUGAUUUUCUAUCAAGUAUUUGCAUGGACAACCUCGGUCCGCCACAGCCGAGUGCAAGCUUCCGUAACGCAGGAAAUUCGUUCUUCUCUGAAAACACUGCAGACGUUUCAAUGGAAAAUCAACCAUUAGCAACCGGUUUCUACAUUUCUACUGCUCCUGCAGCAGACGUACCAGAUUGGUUCUGGUCAAGUUGUCCUGGAGCAAAGAAUCGGACACCAGUACAUCUCAAAUCGUCGCUUCAUAUUAAUGUCCCUCUAGUCCAUCAGGGAGACGAGUUUCUGCAAGGAAAAGCAGCCACUGGUGAUAAGCAAGAGAAAGAAAGCGCACAUCCUUUGGAUAGCACACGAACGGACGAGGUAUUGAGGCAUGUUCUGGAAACAUACAACGCUCUAUCGUGGCUGAAUAUAGAUGUUGUAUCUGGAGAGCGGCGAAGUUGUCUUCCCGUUCAUAUGCAAGCACUUACUCGAUUGUAUCAUUCGGUCGCGAGACUUAUCAUGUAG